UGGUAGGAAAUACAACUUUUUUUGUUUUGUCGGUUGUUGAUGACGAUGAAGAAUAAGAAGCAUUUCCGUCCGCCAUAUUGCAGUGAUACAGCGAGAUUUCCCAUUUGUCUCAGCAAGUUAAAGAUUUCGGGUUUCCUCGCUAACUGGCAUAAUGUUUACUACACAAGUUUAUGGAGAUAAUGGGAAAAUGAAGGAGUAUCACUAUACUGGACCAGUAGAGCACCGAUUCUCUCCAUAUUCCUUCAACGGAGGGACUGUGCUUGCUGUUGCAGGUGAAGACUUUGCCAUUGUGGCCUCAGACACCCGUUUGAGUGAAGGCUAUUCAAUCCACAGUCGUGACUCUCCAAAAUGUUACAAGUUAACAAAUACAACUGUCAUCGGCUGCAGUGGAUUCCAUGGGGAUUGUUUGACUCUUACCAAAAUCAUUGAUGCAAGAUUAAAGAUGUACAAGCACUCAAACAACAAGAGCAUGACAAGUGGAGCCAUCGCAGCCAUGCUGUCAACAAUCCUGUAUGGUAGAAGAUUCUUCCCCUACUAUGUUUACAACAUCAUCGGUGGCUUGGAUGAGGAGGGUAAAGGAGCUGUUUACAGUUUUGACCCUGUGGGAUCCUAUCAGAGAGACACAUACAAAGCUGGUGGCUCAGCGAGUGCCAUGCUGCAACCUCUGCUUGACAACCAGAUUGGAUUCAAGAACAUGGAGGGUGUGCAGCACCUGCCCCUGAACCAGGAGAAGGCUGUGCAACUGGUCAAAGAUGUCUUCAUCUCUGCUGCUGAGAGAGAUGUGUACACCGGAGAUGCCCUCAGGAUAUGCAUCGUGACCAAGGAGGGCAUCAAAGAAGAGACAGUCCCACUCAGGAAGGACUGAAUAACCUAUUUCUGCCACCAUUUCAAGCUACUGCUUUUGUCUAGAUUUUUCAAAUUUUGGACCCUUCUCCUGCUUUUCUCUUUACAUUCUUGCUGAAGAAUAAAAAUGUUCCCUGUAGUUAAUUUUC